CAAAAUUCUGAAAUUAUUCUUCAGUUUUAAAUAAUAAAGUAUCAAACUAUGCAUAAUGGAAAUAAAGAAAAAUUGAGAUUCAGAGCUUUUAAAGCUUUGUAAGCAUAUUAUAUCCGGAAACAAAGCUCCUCCAUCGAUAAUCUCUCUUGCCUUCUGCUCAAUAAUCUUAAUGAUGACCAAAAACAAAAGAAACAAACAAACAAACAAACAAAAGAAAGAAAGAAACACAGAAUCAAAGAGAAAUAGAAAAGAGAUACACAGGGGCUGAAGGAAAUAUUAAGAUUUUGCUAAGGCUAUCAUCCUUCCAAUCUGUUACCCCAUUUUUGUUGCUUCCAAGAAACCAUCUCUCAAGCUUAUCAGAACCCCCCCAUCUUCCUGUUUCUUCCAUCCUCCUUAAUUAUCCUUAACAAUGGAAGCAGCAAAAAGAGCAAUGUGUGUGGAUGAUCCAAUUAACCCUCUCAUUACCACCACCUUACAAGCUUCCGGCAUUCUUGUCAUCUCCCACUUCUUCCAUAUUAUCUUGAAACCUAUGGGACAACCUGGACCUGUUGCUCAAAUUUUGGCAGGAAUUGUGCUAGGUCCCUCUUUAUUAUCUCACUUCAGCGUAAUCAAAGAAUUUUUUCUUCAAUCUUCUUCGGCUGAUUAUUAUGAUGUUUUUUCUUCAAUUUACAACAUACUUUUUAUGUUCUUGAUUGGUUUGGAGACUGAUAUUCCUUAUCUAAGGAGAAAUUUGAGAAGAGCAAGCAUUAUUGCAUACGGUGGAAUGCUAAUUUGUAGCAUAUUUGGUCUUGCUGCUUCUUUUUUCAUUAUUCGUAUAUUAAAGUUCUCAGCAAACACGGUUGCUCUUGCCAAUGUAAUCAUGAUUAUCCUAGCCACCACAGCCUCUCCUGUGGUGAUUCGCCUCGCAGCUGAACUGAAAUUUUCAACCUCAGACACAGGAAGAUUGGCGAUUUGUUCCUCUCUCAUCAAUGAAAUCACUUGUGUACUUUGGCUUUGUCUAAUUGUCAUCUUCAUGUCAUGGAGCAUGUUUGGCAGGGCUAUUCUUUUCUCGUUACUGUCUCUUGGUCUCAUUAUUGUAAAUAAAUACAUAGCUGCUUGGUGUGACCAACGGAACAGGAAUCAAAAAUAUGUGACCAACACCGAGAUGCUUUCCAUCUUGUUCCUUGUCAUUGCUCUAUCAUUUCUUACAGAAGAAUAUGGAUUUAACAGUACAAUUCCUUGUUUUCUCCUCGGCCUAUUUUUCCCCAGGGAAGGCAAAACUACUCGGACUUUGUUGAUCAGGCUUGCUUAUUCUGUUCACAACUUCAUUCUCCCAAUUUACUUUGGAUACAUAGGUUUCCAGUUCAAUAUAACAUACCUCAAUAGCUAUAGAAAUGUCAUAGCAGUUGUCCUUAUGCUGAUUCUGAGUAUGGGAGGAAAAAUUAUCGGUACAUUAGCUGCUUGCCAUUACCUAAAUAUUCCAGAAAUUGAUGGGAUUAUCCUGUCUUUUCUGCUCAACAUGAAAGGCCACGCUGAACUUCUAGUUGUUGGAGUGCUGAGAAAGUCUAUUGUAAGUUCAUGGUGGGAUCAGAAUAUUCACAAUUUGGUUGUAAUGGUUGUAGUGCUCAACACAGUAAUCUCAGGACCUGCAGUGGCUUAUAUGUUAAGAAAAAAUUCGAAGUACUAUUCUCAGAAGCAGACUUCACUUGAAUUUCGUGAACCAGAGAGUGAACUUCGUAUGCUGGCUUGUGUUUAUGGUUCUCGCCAUAUAUCAGAAAAAGUUGGGUUAAUCUUUGCCAUGAGUGGAACCUCAGAAACUCCCACCACAGCUUACUUGGCGCACCUGGUAGAGCUCCCAAAGAAACGCCGCAAGAAGAAGUUGAUGUACCACCAGCUAAAAGAUGGAGAUCAAUUUAGUGAUGAAGAGGAGUAUGGUGGGAAUGAAGUUGUAGAGAUCAAUGAUACUGUGGAUACAUUGACAAUGGAGACCAAAUUAAUGAUCCAUCAAAGUAAAGUUGUGUCAUCUUUUCCAAGAAUGUACGAGGAUGUCUGUGAUGCAAUUGAAGACUUGAGAGUAUCAAUUGUGUUGCUCACUUUUCACAAGCACCAGCGCCUUGAUAGUGAAUUGGAGUCCGGCAAGGAAGGAAUAAGACUAACGAACCAAAAGCUUCUUCGCCAUGCCCCUUGCUCAGUGGGAAUCUUUGUAGAUAGAGGCCAGACAGGAUUUCACUUGCCUACCCCCGAGUCAUUACAAAAUGUUGCGACAUUGUUCUUUGGAGGCGCAGAUGAUCGAGAGGCAUUAGCUUGUAGCAAAAGAAUGGCCACACACCCCCACAUUAAUUUCACACUGAUUCGCUUCCAGGAAGAAUCACAAAGUGAACACAAGGAGUUUCUUGACAAUACCUCACACAGCAAUACCGAGAUUCUAAUGGAAAUGUCAAGCCGUGACAUGGAAGCUGAAAUUGACAGAGCAUUUCUGGAGGAUUUCUAUAAAAGAUACGUGGCAUCAGGUCAAGCUGGGUACGAGGACAGGUAUGUGAACAAUAGAGCGCAGACACUGGAGGCAUUGACAAGCAUUGCAGAGAGAUUUUCUUUGUUGAUAGUAGGGAGGGGUGGAAGAUGGCACUCACCCAUAACUUCAGAUUUGAGUGACUGGGAAGAAUGUCCAGAACUCGGCACAGUCGGAGACCUUCUAGCUUCUUCAGAAUUCAACAUAAAUUGUUCAGUUUUAGUCGUUCAACAACACCAGCUCUCGGAGGCUGACCUCACGGAUGAUUAGAGAUGAUUAGAUAUGUACAUACUUUCAUGUGUAUAUAUUUGUCAAAGUCUUGUAUGUAUCAUUAGGAUAGUUAGUCUUGGUUUUAGUUCCCAUUUGAAAUUGGAAAAUAGUUACUCAGAAACUUUUAAAAUGUUCGUUCCA